CUCUGUAGAGAAAAGACGUAUCAAUAUGAGUUUUAGUAACAAAGUGGUACUUGUUACUGGUGCUAGUUCUGGAAUAGGUGCUGCUACAGCCAUAUUAUUUGCCAAAGAAGGCGCAAAUGUUGCUAUAGUCGGACGAAAUCAGACAAAACUUACCAAAAUCUCCGAAGAAUGCGAGAAACACGGCAAAAUGCCUCUAGUGAUCAACGCUGACGUAUCCAAAGACGAAGAAGCGGAGAAUAUUAUUAAACAAACAGUUGAAAAAUACGGUCGUUUAGACGUGCUAGUGAACAGUGCUGGGAUUUCUAAAUUCGGUAGCAUUUUAGACGGUAAGAUAGUUCCUGUUUACGAUGAGGUAAUGAAUACGAAUUUGAGAGCUAUUAUCAAUUUGACCACUUUAUCUGCGCCGUAUCUCGUUGAAAGUAAGGGCAAUGUGGUUAAUAUUUCAAGUACUGGAGCAGAGUUAGUGCCUAAAGUACCUCAGUUCAUUCCUUACUGCGUUUCCAAGGCUGCUCUGGAACAUUUCACAAGAGGCGCUGCAUUGGAACUGUCUUCAUCAGGCGUAAGGGUAAACGUUGUUCGUCCAGGGCCAGUUAGAACUGAUAUGAUAGAAAAUUCUGGAUUCCCCGGGACUUGGGAUACAUUCAAAGCUGGUACGGCUUUGGAUAGAGUAUCGGAGCCAAUGGAGAUAGCAGAAUUGGUACUAUUCCUAGCUAGUGAAAAGGCCAAAGGUAUUACAGGAUCUGUGUUUACGUCUGAUAACGGAUAUCUAUUGAAGAAUUAGAAUUUAAAGUAACACAUUUCGAACUGAUAAUAGUAUGUGGUAAUUUUAAAGCUUAUCAGUGAUGUGAUCGAUUUGUGAUAAGCAGUGUAAGUUUUAUAAUAAAACUGUUUGAAAGAGUAUUGUUAUUUGUUUAAAUGUAAUAAAUUAUAAUAAGUGUAAUAUUGAA